AUGUUUAUCAGGGCCCCCAAUACUCUUGCCAGGGCCUAUCUUCUGGAGUUACUGCUUUCCAUUCUACCAGGAUUCUGGGCCCAGGUACAGCUGGUGGAGACAGGUGGCAAAAUGAUUCAUGAGGGCCAGUUUGUGACCCUGACCUGUACGGCUUCAGGGAUCCGCUUUAAGGACUUUGCUAUGUCCUGGCACCGGAGUUCUGGCACUGGAGGCUCGAAGGAGUUUGUGGCUAGUAUUACUGCUGGGAGAGGCAGCAUCAAGGAGUAAAAGGAGGGCAUGAAGGGUAGAGUUUUCAUUUUCAGGAAAAAUGAGGCCAACACAAUAUCCUUGACCCUGCGCCAGGUACAGAAGGAGGACUCUGGCAUCUACUACUGUUUCUCUGUUACUGUUGAGGCUCAAUGGGAAAAUUUUGGUCCUGGAACAGAAGUGACUGUACUCUCACGAGAUGAGACACUACUGAAAGAGUCAGGGGGAGGCCCAUACCUGGCUGGAAAGACCCUGAACCUCAAGUGCCAAGUGUCUAGCUUUCAGUUUAAUACAAGCAGACUAGGCUGGUACCUAUGGGCCCCUGGACAUGCCCCAUUGUGGCUGGCCAGCCUUGACAGCACAUUUUCAGAAGCCAGAGAGGACUGUAUCACCUCCAUCAGAGAGGAUACCAGCAGCCAGAUUUUUCUCCAGAUUAAGGACCUUAGCCUUGGAGAUUCUGGCUACUAUCGUUGCACGAGGAUGGUGGGUGAUGGAGGUGAUACAGACAAGAUGAUCUUUGGUUCUGGGACAAAUGUGGCUGUGGAACCUGGACCUCGGAACCCUCUGUCACCCAGUGUAUUCCUGGUGAGGAGUCAGGAUGCUGUGGCCUGCCUGGCCAGUGACUUCUACCCCAAGCCACUCAAUGUGUCCCUGGCCUCCCUUGGGGCUUUAGUCUCCGCCCAGGCCCUCACUGUGUCUCCCACAGCCCAUGGCACCUACAGUGCCAUUCAGAUCAGCAGGGUUGGUGAGAAUGACUCAGUAGCCUGCUCAGUGAUGCACCUUGGGAAAGAGACUCUUGUGUCCUACCAGCCAGAUACUGGGAUCACCCCUCAGGUGGAAUCAUCUUGUCACCACCAGGAAUUCACAGCGGGGGAAGCAGGACCUGAGCAGGGGAACCAGGUGCUCCUGGGACUGCUGGGCUUGAGACUGCUAUUGAUGAAGACCGUGGCUAUCAACAUCCUCUUCACCACCCUGGUCUCAAUCUUUUGAUGUUCCUCCCAUCCCAUGAAAUUAUCCCAUUAAUCCUAAUCUGCUCCCUCAUAUUCCCAUCUAUCUGUCCUCCCCAACCCCCAUCCAUAUUCAGCCUCUUUUUUCUCAGGCUCCUCUCUAUCCCUUUAUCUUUCUCCAAACUAACCUCAUAAAAUCAUGUCUCUUCCUCUAGGCA